AUGGAGUAUUGGAUCAGCCACUCGGACGAGGCUUACGCACAGCUCAUGGACCAGGUGGAGUCCUUUGUCGACAAGCCUGGAGACCGCGACGUGCCAGUGUCUGAAGUCUUCACGCAGCAGCUCUUUGAGGAGCUGGCGGGCUACAUGAAGGCUGAGGGCUGGCAGGGCGUGGACAAGGUGACAGAGCUUUGGCGCGAGCUGCGGGAGCGCAAGAUCGUGUCCGGCGUGCUCAAGGACAAAGAGCUGGGGGCGAAGCGGCUCUGCUCCAUGCCCGAUCGCUUCACCAACACCAUCAACUUGGCUUCAGGCUCCAUGGCAUUCAGACCGACGGUGAUCAACCACAGCACCAACUCGCUGGGCUCAGUGGCACAGUGGUGGCCGCAAUGGGCCGAGUUCAUCUUCAAGGAGGAGUUGGAGGUGAAGACUGGCAAGAACGGCGACACAAAGAGGAUCCGUCCCUGCCAGAUGCUCACCACCAUCAAGAAGGCCAAAUAUCCGGCAAUCACCGAGGAGGAGGAGGCGGUGUCGGUGCCGCUGCAGUGCCUUUGCCUCGCCAUCUUCGAUGCUGUGCUGGUGCACAUGCUGCAGGUGCUCUCGCCAGAUGGUCACUGGCAACAGAUCAAGAGCUCCAUCUGUGAGGCGACCUUCCGCCGGAAGAACGCCCUCACCAGCCGAAUACUCCACAGCUACAGCGAUGCUGCCGUGAUCUGCCUGCAGGAGGCCUCUGCAGCCUACAUCGAGUCGUUGCGCAAAUGGCCGACGCACCAUGUAUAUGCCAAGGUGGAUGAACAGCGAGACCAGAAUUCCGCCGUGCUGCUGAGCAAGGCUGCCUUCCCGUCGGGUGCCCAGGAGCUCACCGAAGAUGUGAUCUCCGCGCUGACCGGCACACCGGUCGAGGCCGGCGACCUGGUGGCGGUGCGCGCAGAGCACGUCUCGGGCAAGAGCUAUUUGAUCGCCUCCUUCCAUGGGGACACCAACGGCCAGGCCACAGCUCCAGUGCUGAGGGCGCUGCACAAAGUUGGGGGCGAGGUGCUGGUGGGCAUGGAUGCGAACACCUACCUCACCGGCAGCUCCACUCUUUAUGGAGUCCAGGAGUUCCUCGGGGAAUGCCGAGGCUUGGGCCUUCGUAGCUGCUGGCCAGAGGAAGAUAUGUCCAAGUACCUUACCACCUGCAACGCCCGCACCUUCCUGCAGCCGCAGCUGAACAAGGCAGUUCCCAGCUCCAAGAAGCUGGAGAAAGGCGAUGUGAACCCCAAGGACCACAUCGUCUUCAACCUCGGCAGCUUCGAACCAGUGCAGGUGAUCAAGGACAACACGGGCCAAGGGAAGUACAUCGAGGCUGUGUGCUUUCCCUCUUUGGCAUUCCCCAGCGAUCACGGCCUGAUCGCGGCAGUUCUGAAGCCCUCCGCUCUAUGA